AUGUUGCGAAGGCUUACAACGAUCUCAUCAAUAAUACUAUCUUUCACGUCCUUGGUCACUGCCCAAUCGACUUCGACCGCUCCUGUGCCUACCGGUGUACCGGUUCAAGGAGAUUAUAAUGGACCGCUGAGACCAAGAGUACAUUACUCACCUCCCAAGGGAUUUAUGAACGAUCCUAAUGGUUUGUUCAAGGAUGUCAAUGGAACAUGGCAUCUGUAUUACCAAUACAACCCCACGGACGUCGUCGCAGGCAAUCAACAUUGGGGUCACGCUACAUCCCCAGACCUAUACACCUGGACAAAUCAACCUAUCGCCUUAUUCCCCCCUAACUCCACUGCGGGCGUAUUCUCAGGAUCCAUCGUCGUUGAUCCAGAGAAUACAUCAGGGUUCUUUUCCAACACUACAAAUGGAGUAGUCGCCAUUUAUACUUUGAACACUCCAGAGAAGCAAGUUCAAGAGAUAGCUUAUUCGUUCGAUGAUGGAUACACAUUCACUUCUUACUCUGGUAAUCCCGUGUUAGAUGUCGGUUCCAACCAAUUUAGAGAUCCGAAGGUUAUUCGAUACGGCGAUAAAUGGGUGAUGGUCCUUGCUUUCGCCUCCGAAUACGUUAUCGGUAUAUACACUUCACCCGAUCUCAAAGAAUGGACUCAUGCGUCCAACAUAUCUCACAUCGGGUUUUUGGGAGUUCAAUAUGAAUGUCCAAACCUGGUCGAAAUACCCAUUCGAAAUAGUAGUACCGGUACGGAUAAAGGAUGGGUAUUGACUAUCUCCAUAAAUCCCGGUGCACCUCUUGGUGGAUCUAUCACCCAAUAUUUCCCGGGAGAAUUCAACGGAACUCAUUUCGUUCCUCAUGAUGGAGCUACUAGACUGAGUAAUUUCGGUAAAGACGAUUAUGCUGGACAAUUCUUCUACAAUGAGAGUGUAUCGAUAGGAUGGGCAAGUAAUUGGGAAUAUACAAAUUUGGUACCUACCGCAAACGAAGGGUGGAGAUCAUCUAUGACUUUACCCCGAGAGAAUUAUCUGAUAGAUACUGGUGUGAGAGGCUGGGAGUUGGUUCAGGAAAUAUAUCAUAUACAACCUAUCUUAUCCAACCAACUAGCAUCAUCGGACAACCUGAUUAAUACAACUUCCCAAGUCGACUUUGGUAAUUCGACAUCAGUCUACUUCGAUAUGAACAUUACCUUCCCUGCCGAUGUCACUUUCUCAACUUACGCUUCUAUCAACUUCACUUUCUCUACUCAAUCUUCCAAUGAACAGUUCAAGGGAGGAUAUAUCUUAACCGGUUCCACUCCUUAUACGAUUUGGGUAGAUAGAGGUAAUACAAAUGGUUUUGAUCAUCCUCUUUUCACGAAUAAGUUCUCGGCAAGUCAGCUUGAACCCGCUAAAAGGAUCCAAGGUAUAAUCGACCAUAGUCUAUUCGAAGUCUACGUGGAUAACGGGUCAGUCGUAGGGACCGUAGACGUGUAUCCUAGCGAACCAUUCACAGGCUUAUCGAUCGGGACUGGUGAUCUACCAGAGGGAACGACUGUAUCUUUACAGGUCUGGGGAUUGAAAGAUACCUGGGCGUAG